CAUGCUCUAUCUGCCAUAGUGUAGUGUAUUACUCUUUCAUUCUGUUGUUUUUCUCUUUACUAAAAAUGUGAGUGCUUUAAUAUCUUUUUUUCAUUUAUCAUCAUUUCUUUUUUGGUUUAUGAUUGAGACUCUACACUAUCAGAAACUGUGUUUUAGUUUGUGAGUCUAUUUAACCUGCCACUUUCAACACUCUUAUGGAUUUACUUCUUUUAUUUAUCAGUUAUGUGUUGAUGUUACCAUCUUAGUUUCCAUUUGGAAAUUAGCACAUAUAUGGUCUCUUGAAUUUGAAGUCAGUUUUCAAUGGCACUCCUUACUGAUUUACUUUUCUAAUGUGCACUCUUGGAAUGCACAUUUUUCCUCCUUCUUAAGCAUUACACAAGAAAGAAAAUUUUUUCAUGAAAAUUUUUAUGUAUUCUUCACACAACAAUAUGCAGUUUCAUUCUUGUAUCUAAAGUGGUGGUUAUCUUUUUUUCUUAUUUAUUUAUUUUUUUCUGCUGGAUCGUUGUAAUUUAGCCUCUAGAAUCUAAAAUGGAAAACGGGAAUCAGUUCCAGGAAGUUUCAAAGGCCAAAUAUGAUUGUCUUUUGUUUGAUCUUGAUGAUACCCUUUAUCCUUUUAGUUCUGGAUUAUCAGCGCAUGUGACAAAAAAUAUUCAAGAUUACAUGCUUCAAACACUUGACAUAGAGGAUGCUAAAGUUCCUGAAUUAUGCUAUUCACUAUACAAGGUUUAUGGGACAACAAUGGCUGGUCUCAGGGCAAUUGGAUAUGACUUUGACUAUGAUGACUUUCAUGGCUUUGUUCAUGGGAGAUUGCCAUAUAAUUUGCUGAAACCUGACCCUAUUAUUAAGGGAAUUUUGCUAAGCUUGCCUAUCAGAAAAGUUGUUUUCACAAACUCAGAUGAGGCACAUGCAGGUAGAGUACUUCAAAGGCUUGGACUGGAGGAUUGCUUUGAAAGGAUCAUAAGCUUUGAAACAUUAAACCCAUUCAACAAGUUGAAUGAUCCUGAGAACAAACUUGGCAAUGGAAGUAGAGCAAUUAGCACAGGAAUAUUUGAUUUUUAUGAGUAUUUGAGUAAGCCUGAUUCUGAUAUUGUGCUUCCAAGGACCCCAGUAGUCUGCAAACCUUUUCAAGAUUCAUUUGAAAAGGUUUUUAGUUUGGCAAACAUUCACCCUCAAAGAACAUUGUUCUUUGAUGACAGUAUCCGCAAUUUAGCCACGGGCAAAUCAUUGGGCCUUCACACUGUAGUGGUGGGUACUUAUGUUAGAACCGCAGGAGUGGAUCAUGCAUUAGAGAGUAUACAUAAUAUGAAGGAAGCAUUUCCAGAACUGUGGGAAGCUGCUGAGAAAUCUGAAGGGGUCAAGUAUUCUAGGAAGGUUUCAAUUGAAACAUCUGUCAUAGCUUAAGUUUAUUAUACAUCUACUUUGUUAACCAUCCAAUAAUGUUAUUGUUAUUGGAAAGAAUGAGAUUAUGAUUAUAUAACUGAGUUUCUAUUA